UCCCCAGCCCCGCAGCGCGAUGCCCGAACCGGCCAAAUCCGCCCCGGCCCCUAAAAAAGGCUCCAAAAAAGCGGUGACCAAGACCCAAAAAAAAGGGGACAAGAAGCGGCGGCGCAGCCGGAAGGAGAGUUACUCCAUCUACGUCUACAAAGUGCUGAAGCAGGUGCACCCGGACACCGGCAUCUCCUCCAAGGCCAUGGGCAUCAUGAACUCCUUCGUCAACGACAUCUUCGAGCGCAUCGCCGGGGAGGCCUCGCGCCUGGCCCAUUACAACAAGCGCUCCACCAUCACCUCCCGGGAGAUCCAGACCGCCGUCCGCCUCCUCCUGCCCGGGGAACUGGCCAAACACGCCGUCUCCGAGGGCACCAAGGCCGUCACCAAAUACACCAGCUCCAAAUAACGCCGCCCCGGAGGGAGAAACAUCUAGAGGUGGCCCCACCGAGGAGACCCCCCCCCUUCGGGUUCCUCCUCGCACCCAACGGCUCUUUUCAGAGCCACCCCCUUUUCUCACCCAAAGAGCUGGCGUCGCUUCACCCCUUUUUAGGGUUUUUUAUAAAGAUUGGGACCGUUUGUGGGUCGCGUGGGGGGUCGGGGCGUUUUAACCGCUGGGUUUGAA